AUGGGCAACAAAUUAGACGGAGUAUUGUUGAGGCAGUGCCAGCCGCAUCAACAACAACACCAACAAGAUCGUUACGACUUCAGACAACAACAUCAGAGGCAGUCCCUGCAGCAACAACAACAACAACAACCUCCUUCACAAAAACGUUCAACAUUUCGCAGACGGAGGGGCAAAUUAAGUUCAUGCCCUGACCUACUUAAAGAAAAUGACCUACUUUCAUCGGCUGACAUUGGUGGAAGAUGGAAAAAAUAUAAUGACGUGUGGGGCGGAGAAGGGUGGAGUGGUGGUCUGAAGGAUGACUCGCUUCAAAACAAUUCAGAAUAUAAAGCGGAGUACCACAAUCCAGAUUGCGACGUUCCAAUAAAAAUCUACCGGUCCUAUACCGAUAUUCACGGCCAAUCGAAUCACCAAACAUCCGAUCCACCUCUCAAAAUUACCGUUUACCGCAAGAGUCAAGAAAGUCUGAACAACGUCGGGCGAGUCCAGUCGGUACCGAGAGGGAUGAACAGGACAGAUUAUUCCGGUUCAACCGAUCUUUCGAAUAGCAUCGAAUCUAGAUUAUCGAUCGGUACGCAAGAAAUUACGAGGCCUCCAUCGAGAAGGAGUAUUUCAAGAUCUAGUAAUGCUACACCGAGUAGUACUGCAGUUGGAGGGGGAGCUGGCAGAGUCGUGUUGAACGUUGAAGACUUUCCUCCAAUCGAGCUGGUCAAAAAAAAGUUGACAACCUUCCGCGAGUUCAUGAGCAACUUCAUCGUCAAGCACUUUAGUCAGAUGUCGCUAACUGACCAAAUGUCCUCGCUCUGUGUGGCCGUCAUGCCGGAUAGAGCCAACCAAUCAAUUUCCUUGCUCAGUUAUCUUGAAAACCGCGAUAUGACACGUGACCUGGAGGUCGUCGAUGUCAAUAGGUUGAAUUUUUUACCUCCUUAUUCUUUCUACCCCACGCUUCCUGCAUUCUUAUUGGUUGAUAUAAAUAAAUUGAGAAGAGAAAUGAACCAAUCACAUGAUUACUCGACGCAAUGCCAGGAGAUGUCAUCAAAAAUAAUCGCCUACUUGGCUCGACACACUGCUGACGAGUUGGCUCGUAUUUACGAAUAUCAAGUAUCGUUAAUUCAAGAGACAAUAGCUUUGAGACUGCUAGCAAAGUACGUCUCAAAUAAUAUUUUUGAAGUCCUGAAAUCUAAAAAUAAACUUCUCGACACCAAUUCGAUGGUUGCAGCCGGAGAGUUCCUGUGGGGUAAGAAGGGGGGGAACGUAGGGGAGUACGUAGCCCCAAAAUGGAUUUCUAUUAUUUGUUUUUCAAAAGAGUUCAAAUGGAACUUGUAUGAUAUUUUUAAAAAGUGCGCGCUACGUAAAGAUAUUUACUUAGAUCAGACCAAGAUCCAGCCUAAUACAACGGUAGUUGGCAGCAGUUGCAACAAUCGUUCUCCGUCACCAUCUUCGUCGUCCUCUCCUUAUUAUCGCGCUCGAUCUACGUCAUCUCUGACGUCAUCAAUCAACAACCAAUCAGCAGAAAGAAGAUCGAAUGAUUUGGAAUGCAUUGGUCCUUGGAAGUUUUUUGCUUGUCCUGAUUGCGAACCGAUGCUGUAUGGCUAUCGAAAUCAGUCGAUUGAAUAUGAUUUUGUGAGGCGAUGUUACAGAUUGUCGAAUCUAGAGGAAUCGUAUUUCAAUGAAGAAUUACCAUGGAGGUAUGACGAUUUUCAUCGUGUAUAUUCGCCAUAUUAUCGAAUAAUAUCAAACAUUCAGCUGAUCGAAUAUUGCGAAUGGUUGCAUAGUUUUAAAAACCCUAGCGGACAUCAGGAAGGUAGGUCUGGUCGUUACUACGGUAGUGAGUUGGAACACGACUGUACUAGUAGGAUCAGUCAGAUCAGCUUUGACGGAUUGAAAGAAUUUUUGAGGCAAGUUAAAUCCGGACCCCACGUCAGGGAAGAUCUUGUAAUAAUUUAUAGGGAUGUGCUGGGGUAUAAUUUCGGAGCUUUCAGCAGUAGUAGCAGUAGUGGUGGUAAUUUAAAAUUGGAAGUCAGUUUGCUCAAACAAAUGCUCCUGAAUUAUAGUGACCCAAAAUAUUUCUCAUCAACGACGCGGCCUCAUUGCAGAAAUGAUGCUCUAGAUAACAUCAAUGAUAAUUAUGCAAUCUCUCUGGAUGCUCACCAGCCGACCAACUUCCAGCAACAUGUUCCACAACAACCACCACAACAACAACAACAACAAAUAUUUCAUCAACCGCAAAACUACUUACAACAACAUUAUCAACAUCAAAUGCAACAAACCACACAACCAAACCUUCAACAACAUCAGCAACAACACCAGCGGCCAAGUGACGAAUCACUGAGCAGAGUUUUAGCGCAAGUUACAAUCGGCUGCGAUCAACUGCGUAGUAAACUUGAAGACAUAGAUCCCAAAAAGUGA